AUGGAUUGGCAGACCCAGAUAGAUGAGCUAACAACCAUCUAUAAUGAAUAUAGCCAAUUUCUCACUAAAUGCGAACUACUAGUAGGAGAAAAUGCACUUAGACCUAAUAAUUCUACUGGCAACUUGUACGAUAGGGUGAUACAGAAAAGCGAAAGAAAGAAUAUACUAAGAAUCGUAACUAGUGAAGAAAGGGAGCUUGAUAUCACUGUAGACCUUGGUGGAUGGACAGCGACUGGAUUGAAGCACUAUGAAACGUUUGAAGCGUUAAUGAUGGACAUCUCAGCUGGUUUUAGAUUGAAAUUUGGUAACGCAUUAACUGAUAGGCUAAACGAUUUACUUGGUAUGUAG